GGGUUGAUAAGGAGGUGUUGACGGGAGAUAAAUAGGUCAGGGAUAAGGGAGGAGAGUGGAGAAGCAUUGGCCAGCGGCUCCACCAUUCUAGGGGUUAAGGGGUUAGGUGGAGUCCCCCUUGGAGCCCUCAGUGGUGAGGCUGCAUUCUGAUUGUGUGCUUCACUUGGAAUUUUGACCCUGAAAUGAUCUCACACACAGUGGGGCUAGGCAGCUCCUGCUAAAGAAUGCAAAACCAGAAUGCAGUUCAGAACCUCACACGGGCUUACAGAUCAUUAGAGGUUUUUCUUUUCUUUUUUUUUAAACUUAUGAUUUUUGGGGGGAGGUCAGACUCAUGACCAAAGGGGAGAUUUCCAGAAGAAUUAAUGUGCCGACCAAAUGUACUGGCGGCAGGUGAGCGAAGUAGAGAGCAAGUGGGGAGAGUGCACACGUGUGCCAGAAAUGAGGGAGAGGGAGAGAGGUGAGGGGAUUUCUGCAUGAGAGAAGAGACAAAGGGACAUGAGCCAAGAAAAGGAGGGAACUGGGAGGAAAGGAAGAGAUUUCCGGCCUGACACAGUUGAGAGCCGAGCGGGAGCUGAACCCCUCACAGUUGUGAGAAAAUUAUGACGCCGGGGAGAAGGUGAUCAGAUUUUGGGGCUAUGGAUUGUGCCCCUCUGUAGCUCCUCUUGGUCUCCAUUUUUUUCCUGGCAGGUGCCAGGAUCCUGAGCAAAGCCGAGAUACAGCUUCAUGAGGAAGGGCCUGAAAACCUGGAGCCUCCUGACAUGUUACAAGGGGGAUCAGGAGAGACUGCUUGCCAGAGUCCUGAGCAGGAAGAAGCCUGCGAGAAGCAGAAGAGGAACCAAGUCAGGAAUGGGUCAGACCCCUUAGGGGAGUGUGAGAACAGAUUCAGACUUCCCCAGCCACUUUCACAGGGCAGACCUGGGACCAUGGGAGAUCUUAAUAGCCAAGAGAAACCCCAUAAAUGUAUAGACUGUAAGGAAAGCUUCCAUGAAAAGCAGGAACUCUUGGCCCAUGGGAGAGUCCACAGGAGGGAAAGAUCCCAUCCCUGCGCUGAAUGUGGGGAGAGGUUCAAGCAUCGGUCAGAGCUUUCUAAACACCAAAGAUCCCACACCGGGGAAAGCCCCCAUUCCUGCGGGGAAUGCGGGAAGAGCUUCCGGCAUCUGGCCACACUUGCUGCGCAUCACCAAAUCCACAUGGGGGAGAGACACCAUCCCUGUGGUGAGUGUGGGAAGAGGUUCAGCUGCCCCUCAGAUCUCAGCGAUCACCAGAGGUUGCAUGCUGCCGAGAGGCGCUAUUCCUGCCCUGAAUGCAGGAAAGGAUUCAAUCACCCCUGCGAACUGAGUAGGCACCUGCGAAUGCACACGGGUGAGCGCCCCUUCACCUGCCCUGAGUGUGGGAAGGGGUUCAGCCAGAGCUCAGAUCUCAACAAACACCUGCGGGUACACACGGGCGAGCGGCCCUUUCCCUGUGCUGAGUGCGGGAAAAGGUUCAGCAAUAGGUCGGAUCUGAAUAAGCACCUGCGGGUGCACACUGGUGAGCGGCCCUAUCCCUGCACUGAGUGUGGGAGGAGCUUUAGCCAGGUCUCCGCACUCACCCUACACCAGAGAACCCACACUGGAGAAAGACCCUACGUCUGCGACGUGUGUGAAAAAGGGUACACGCACCCAUCAAACCUCAUUAAACACAAGAAAAUCCACAUGGGGGAGUGACCCUGGGGAAGGCUUUGGGGAGAGAGCGCCUCUGAUGUACUGCCAGAGAAUCAGCAGCAUCACGAUGGCAGAUCCCAAGGGACAGAGCCUCCUUGCAGAUCGAGUGCCACCCAGACUGAUUUCUAGCUAGAGCCUACCAGAGAAUUCGGCUAGACAAGUGAGACCUUGCCAGAUAUGGACUUUGCUCCAGACAUAUGUGUAUAAUAAUGUGGAACUGAGGAACAGGAACCACUACUACAGAGUUUGAGAGACAUCGACCCUUGCCCCUGACUCCCACCAUCCCCUCCCAGAACCAGGGGUUUUAACCACCACUGGGAAAUGAGGAAGGACUUUCUCUGAAGAGUUGUCCAGUGCCAGAAAUCCCCCAGCAGCAAUUAGUCCCUUACUUGUGUUUUACCAGUCAGGGGUAGCUUGUCUCUUCUCUGCAUCUGUGUGAACUCAUUUUGUUCCCUGCUCUGGCUUCCUCUGUGGCUGGGAUGGAGCCUACUUAGGGCUCUCUGCCUUUGGGUAAGGGAGGUUUCUUUAGGUGUUUGGGAUUCCCCUGGGACUUGCUAGGGCUGUGAGCAGGAGGAGGUAGAGAAAGGGUUUGUCCCAUGGGUUGAGGAGGCCCCAGCAUCCACCUGAGAGAUGGCUACAGAACCUUGCACAACAGAGUCAGUUAAAAAUCUUUUAGAUUCCAGACCUGAUCGUCCUCUUACAGCAGUUUUACACUGUCACUCUCUUGACUUCAGUGGAGUUACUCCUGACUUACACCAGUGGGAGUCAGAGGAGGACCAGGACCAGCCUCCCCUGGAAGCUAAGAAUAGAUUUUAUUCCUGUCGGGAUUCUCAGAAUCCCCUGCCUAAGUGAUUUGAGGUAUAGAUGUGGCCUUUGGGUAGGAUCAGACUGUUGGUGUCUGAGGACUGUUUGGAACUUCCCAGCAGAUUUAGGAUCUCUCCUUGGUGGAGUCGCUCCUUCCAUAGACUCUUCUCAUGGGAGCCAUUUAGUAGUUCUGCGUGGUAUUUUAAUCCUACACUUCUAGGAUUGUGGACCAUAUUUCUGCAAAGGAAGCAAUGCUGUAACUUGCAUGGGAGGUGCUUUCAGGCUUCCUGCAGCUCAUUGGCCCAGACAGAAAAGCUACCUUGUUCCUUUGGCCUUUAUUUUAUUUUCAGAGCAUAUUUUUUGGCAAUUCAUGUUGUGCUGAACAUGACCACAAUCCCUUCUCUUACUGCACCCUCUCCCCAAAUACUUGAUCCUGAACCAGUUACAGCCUGUGUUUUAAUGUGGGUUUGAUUAUUUGGUAUCAUUAGGCCCAGUGCUUCCUUCCCGGAUUCAUUUAAAACUUUUACAAAUUUUUCAGUUAAUGGAAAAAUUAAUUACAAUCUAAGAUUAGGAGAGACCCUGAAUUUUCCCACUUUCAGUGACUUGAAAUGUUUGCAAACUCUGGCUUUAUUGGAACCAGCCUAGGAAAAAGUUGUUCAGGAUUCAAAAUAAAUGAUGUUUCCUCAGCUCCAAUCCUCUCCUUGUAUGUUUUCAUCUACUGAUUUCUUGUGGUGUUGGCACUCAAAUGCAGAUCCCGUGGAAAAGGGUCUGUCUACACAGCGUCAGGAGCACUAAGUAACAAGAUGAUGGGUUACAUGCCUCACAGUAGCUUUGGGCUAUGUCUACACUACACAUCUUUUGGUGAUACAGCUGUGCUGCUCCAGCCAUACU